AAUGGAGUUGCUUUGGUUUUCUAAACACAUCAGUGGUCGCCAUGCUUUAUGCUUGUAAGUGCUCCGAUGACAAUGAGGAGGGGUCCCCAGGGCAGCAUCUCUGUAGCCGUUUUGCCUCUAGGCGGCUGAAGCAGUCUAGGAUUCUCCUGGCCGCUGAGCGCGCUCCGCUCUCAUUUCUGCCUUGCCAGCUGCUGGGAUUGCAGACGGAGGGAGGCGGUAACCCUGCCGGGACCCCGCGAGGGGCAUCUUUGAGUCCGAAGCAGGGUGCAAGAGGCCGGCGCUGCAUGAAGGGCUGCACGUGUUCUUACACACAGACACACACGGAUCACGUGCCAGCCUGAAGGACUCCUUCCUGGCUGCUGAGUGCUUGGGAGAAAGAGCCAGGUAAAUGUUGGGAGAGGAAGAAGGAUAGAAGCCCAGUGGAGGGAGCUGCAAGACGGAAAAAAAGGAAACAAGAGAGUCUAAAAACUGGAGAAAAAUGGAAUAACAGGAAUGAAUCACCUGUUUUUCAGCAUGAAAUCCAGCAAAUAUUACAGCAAGCAGGAGAAAGAAGCCUGUGUGUAGGAAAAACCUCUUCUGAAACCUGCUUUCAACUUUAGAGGGAAAUGAAUGCAAGGAAGAAACCACAUAAAUGCCUGGAAUGUGGAAAGAGCUUCAGCCAGAGAGCACAUCUUACUGUACACCAUAGAAUCCACACUGGAGAGAAACCCCAUCAAUGCCUGGAGUGUGGAAAGAGCUUCAGCCGGAGUGAUGCACUUACUGUACACCAUAGAACCCACACUGGGGAGAAACCACAUAAAUGCCUGGAAUGUGGAAAGAACUUCACCACAAGUGCAGCUCUUAAUACACACCAUAGAACCCACACUGGGGAGAAACCACAUAAAUGCCUGGAAUGUGGAAAGAACUUCACCACAAGUGCAGCUCUUAAUACACACCAUAGAACCCACACUGGGGAGAAACCACAUAAAUGCCUGGAAUGUGGAAAGAGCUUCAGCAGAAGUGGAGAACUUAAUAUACACCAUAGAACCCACACUGGGGAGAAACCAUAUAAAUGUCUGCAGUGUGGAAAGAGCUUCAGCACGAGUGGACAUCUUAAUACACACCAUAGAACCCACACUGGAGAGAAACCACAUAAAUGCCUGGAAUGUGGAAAGAGCUUCAGAAGAAGUCGAGAACUUAAUAGACACCAUAGAACCCACACUGGGGAGAAACCACAUAAAUGCCUGGAAUGUGGAAAGAGCUUCAGCAGUAGUGGAGAACUUAAUAUGCACCAUAGAACGCACACUGGGGAGAAACCACAUAAAUGCGUGGAGUGUGGAAAGUGCUUCAGCCAGAGAGCACAUCUUACUGUACACCAUAGAAUACACACUGGAGAGAAACCCCAUAAAUGCCUGGAGUGUGGAAUGAGCUUCAGCCGGAGUGAUACACUUACUGCACACCAUAGAACCCACACUGGGGAGAAACCCCAUCAAUGCCUGGAGUGUGGAAAGAGCUUCAGCAAGAGUGGACAUCUUAAUACACACCAUAGAACCCACACUGGGGAGAAACCCCAUCAAUGCCUGGAGUGUGGAAAGAGCUUUAGCACGAGUGGAUAUCUGAAAAGACACCACAGAAUCCACACUGGGGAAAAACCACAUAAAUGCCUGGAAUGUGGAAAGAGCUUCAGCAGAAGUGAAUAUCUUAAUAUACACCAUAGAACCCACACUGGUGAGAAACCACAUAAAUGCAUGGAGUGUGGAAAGAGCUUCAGCCAGAUUGCACACCUUUCUUUACACCACAGAACUCACACUGGGGAGAAACCACAUAAAUGCCUGGAAUGUGGAAAGAGCUUCAGCAGAAGGGGAGAACUUAAUAUACACCAUGGAACCCACACUGGGGAGAAACCACAUAAAUGCCUGGAAUGUGGAAAGAGCUUCAGCAGAAGGGGAGAACUUAAUAUACACCAUAGAACCCACACUGGGGAGAAACCCCAUCAAUGCCUGGAGUGUGGAAAGAGCUUCAGCAGAAGUGGAGAACUUAAUACACACCAUAGAACGCACACUGGGGAGAAACCACAUAAAUGCCUGAAAUGUGGAAAGAGCUUCAGCAGAAGUGGAGAACUUAAUAUACACCAUAGAACCCACACUGGGGAGAAACCCCAUGAAUGCCUGGAGUGUGGACAGAGCUUCACCACAAGUGGAGCUCUUAAUACACACCAUAGAACCCACACUGGGGAGAAACCACAUAAAUGCCUGGAAUGUGGAAAGAGCUUCAGAAGAAGUGGAGAACUUAAUAGACACCAUAGAACCCACACUGGGGAGAAACCACAUAAAUGCCUGGAAUGUGGAAAGAGCUUCAGCAAUAGUGGAGAACUUAAUAUACACCAUAGAACGCACACUGGGGAGAAACCCCAUAAAUGCCUGGAGUGUGGAAAAAGCUUCAGCAGGAGGGGAGAACUUAAUAUACACCAUAGAACCCACACUGGGGAGAAACCCUAUGAAUGCCUGGAGUGUGGAAAGAGCUUCACCACAAGUGGAGCUCUUAAUACACACCAUAGAACGCACACUGGGGAGAAACCACAUAAAUGCCUGGAAUGUGGAAAGAGCUUCAGCAGUCGUGGAGAACUUAAUAUACACCAUAGAACGCACACUGGGGAGAAACCAUAUAAAUGCCUGGAGUGUGGAAAAAGCUUCAGCAGGAGUGGACAUCUUAGUAGACACCAUAGAACCCACACCCACACUGGGGAGAAACCACAUAAAUGCCUGGAAUGUGGAAAGAUCUUCAGCACGAGUGGACAUCUUAAUACACACCAUAGAAUGCACAAUGGGGAGAAACCCCAUGAAUGCCUGGAGUGUGGAAAGAGCUUCACCACAAGUGGAGCUCUUAAUACACACCAUAGAACGCACACUGGGGAGAAACCACAUAAAUGCCUGGAAUGUGGAAAGACCUUCAGCAGAAGUGGAGAACUUAAUAUACACCAUAGAACCCACACUGGGGAGAAACCAUAUAAAUGUCUGCAGUGUGGAAAGAGCUUCAGCACGAGUGGACAUCUUAAUACACACCAUAGAACGCACACUGGGGAGAAACCACAUAAAUGCCUGGAGUGUGGAAAGAGCUUCAGCACGAGUGGACAUCUUAAUAGACACCAUAGAACCCACACUGGGGAGAAACCAUAUAAAUGCCAGGAGUGUGGAAAGAGCUUCAGCUGCAGUCGAACUCUUACUGAACACCAUAGAACGCACACUGGGGAAAAACCACAUAAAUGCCUGGAAUGUGGAAAGAGCUUCAUUACGAGCAGAGACCUUAAUACACACCAUAGAACCCACACUGGGGAGAAACCAUAUAAAUGUCUGCAGUGUGGAAAGAGCUUCAGCCACAGUGGAGCUCUUAAUGUACACCAUAGAACCCACACUGGGGAGAAACCAUAUAAAUGCUUUGAGUGUGGAAAAAGCUUCAACCAGAGAGGACAUCUUAUUAUACACCAUAGAACCCACACUGGGGAGAAACCUCAUAAAUGCUUGGAGUGUGGAAAGACCUUCAGCACGAGUGGAGCUCUAACUGUACACCAUAGAACCCACACUGGGGAGUAGGGUUGGGCCCGGACCGGUCCAGACCUGGGUGG